CUGAAGCACCUCUCACAGCAGGAGGCUGCCGAUGUGGACGCAGCGCUCAUGCCGACUCCUGGCCUGAGCGUCGAGAGCCUCAUGGAGCUCAGUGGCCUCGCGGUCGCGCACGCAGUACUCGCUAUCUACCCACCGAAUGCAUACCCAAACGUGCUCGCGGUCCUCGGUCCUGGCGGUAACGGCGGAGAUGGCAUGGUAACCGCUCGGCACCUUGCCAGCCUCGGAUAUUCGGUCAGCGCCUACUACCCGAAGCGAAACGGCGGCGCGCUCUACGUGGGCCUCGCCGCAUCGCUCGAGCAGAUGGGUGUCCGCUUCGUCGACGCGCUCCCGCCGCCCUCGCGCACCACCGUCGUCGUCGACGCGGUGUUCGGCUUCAGCUUCCGGCCGCCGCUGCGAGCGCCGUUUGGCGAGGUGCUCUCGAGCAUGAGCGCCUUCCCGCACAUUGUCGCCGUCGACGUGCCGUCGGGCUGGGACGUGGACGCGGGCCCGCCAAAGACUGGAGGCGGAGCUGAACUGCGGCCGUCGGUCCUCGUCUCGCUCACUGCGCCCAAGCGCUGUGCGUCGGCCUUUGACGGCACGGCGCACUUUCUGGGUAAGGUGCUCAUGCCGCCGGAG